AUGGACGGAGCACUUGAUGUUGAUGAAAUAUGGAUAGCUUUAGGACCCUUUGGGAAAUAUCAGCGGUAUCAACUAGCUUUCAUACUGAUAGGUAUCAUACCUUUGGCAUUUCAUCUCCUUUCAUCGGUGUUUAUCGCCUAUCGGCCACCUUUCCAAUGUAACGAUACCACUGUGGAUAUAAUAUUUGGUGACGACUCCUACAUAUAUGACAAUGCCUCUUAUAAUUUUGUGUACAACAAAUGCUCUAUCGAUGUAUACACGGAUUCAACCAAUUCAACUCUCAUAAAGUCUACAGAAUGUUUGUCAGGAUACUCCUAUUCAGUGCCAAAGGACAGAACUCUAGUAACCGAGUGGGAUCUUGUUUGCGACAGGGCAGAACUGGCGGAAUUCUCACAGACAUUAGUCAUCCUUGGACAGGCGUUCGGUGCUGCAAUAUUUACGUCUCUCUCCGACAGAUUUGGGAGAAGGAAGGUCCAUGUAUUGGGACACAUCUCACUAUUCACCAUCUCUUUCGCGAUAGCUUGGUCUCCAAAUUACACCGUGUUUGCUGUGUUAAGAUUCAUCCUAGGCGCUGUACAGCAGGGCUCGGGGUUAACUAUGGCAAUACUUUCCUUGGAGCUAUUACCUUUGAAAGAACGAUAUAUAGGCGAGUGUCUCGGACUGGUUUUCUGGACUACAGGGAUAAACUUAUUAUCCCCUAUGGGAUAUUUCUUCAGGAAUCUGUCCUGGCGAUACCUUCAGAUGGCGCUGGCUCUUUUCUCGUGUUACAGCCUUGUGGAAUAUUGGAUCAUGGACGAAUCAGUCCGGUGGUUGUUAGCCAAUGGAAAACAGAAAGAUGCAGAACGAGUUGUUAGAAAGGCAGCAAAAUUAAACGGAAAGAAUUUCGAUGAUGUCAUCAAAGCGGCGACAGUAAAAAGUCCCAAAGAAAUGACAGCUCUGAUACCAGGAGAGAAUCAUGUGUCACAUGAUAAGAAAAAUGACAUUCCCAUUCUUUUGAAUGGUGCCGAACCCGAUGUAAUCAAAGAGGUAGGGAUUGGAACUGGCCUCAACGAAGACGUCGAGAUUUCUCAUGGGGGAGAGCGUGCAGAUUUUGCUGCACCCAUCAAACGUUACAACGUAAUCACGAUAUUUCGUCAUAAAGUGAUUUUGUUUAACUCCUUAAUAUUAUGGUACACUUGGUUGGUCAACAGUUUGGUGUAUUACGCCCUAUCAUUGACGUCAUCAACACUGUCUGGUGACCGUUUCAUCAACUAUUUCCUGAUAGCCAUUGUUGAGUACCCCGCUGCUUUGAUGGAGUUACUGCUUAUUAACAGAAUUGGGAGACGUAAAACCUGUAUUUUAUUUCACGUCAUUGCUGGGAUCGCCCUUGCCGUGUCCACGAUAUGCAAAACACUUUCAGACGGAGCUGGUACACUGGGGGCAGUGUCGUUAGUAUUCAAUCUCGUUGGGAAAUUUGGAAUUACAGGAUCGUUCAGUACUGUAUUUUUAUACACACCUGAACUGUAUCCCACGAACUUAAGAAAUGCAGGAAUUGGCAUCUCCUCGUCCGUAGCUAGAAUAGGAGGAAUGUUGGCACCAUUCGCAGGCCCUCUGAUGGAUUAUAUUACGUGGGGUCCAGGUGCUAUAUCGGCUGCGAUGUGUUUGCUUGCUGUUUACCUAUUGACCUUCCUCCCAGAGACCAAAGGAUACGAAUUGCCCACGACGAUAGAGGAGCUGAAGACUUGGUACAAAGACCAUGCAGGAGACAAAAAGGGCAAACCACUAGAAGAUGAAAACAAUUAA